GAUUUACACAAUUGAAGAAAUCGGGACCCAUAUAGCAAAGGAGUUCAAUUGGCUGUCCCGAUGGCGUGACGAGGACUAACUUUACAUCUCUAGGUAAAGUAGACAAUUGGGACAAUCUUCGAACUGCAGACCUCGGCCGAGAAAAUCAAGUCGCAGUGAAGAACAUCUCUGCUUCAAUUCCAUUCCGGUUUUACGGUUUGCAUAUUCAGACCUUCCCACGCUCUCUCGCAGCUAUGCAGUUGAUCAAGAGCGUAGCCGUCAUCGGAGCUGGCCCUGCCGGCGCAAUUGCUGUUGAUGCAUUGAUGCAAGAGAACGCAUUCGAUGUGAUCCGUGUGUUCGAACGGCAGGAGAUGGCCGGGGGCUGCUGGGUUUCGAGGGAUGAUGAUCCCCCACAAAAGUUUGACUUGGAUGGCCUAGCUGCACGCACGGCAGAUGCCCCUUUGAAGAUUCCAGAGCAGACACCAUGCUGGACACCAGUUGUCACUCAGGAUCGCUUCUCGGAUUCGCCCGUCUACCCCGGGCUAGAAACCAACGUGGAUGUCAGCGCAAUGUGCUACUCUCAGGAGCCUAUCCCUACAGUUCGUUCAAAAUGGUCCAUUGAACGUCACGGAGAUGAUACUCCUUUCCGCCACCAUUCUGUCAUAAGACAGUACAUCGAGGAUCUUUUCACUCGAAAGGGACAUGAACAUCUUGUGCAGUACAACACCACGGUUGAACGGGCGGUUAAAGAUUCCACGAUCCAGAAGUGGACUCUUACUCUUCGUCGCACAGAAAUUCACAAUGGAAGCCCAUCAGACUACUGGUGGACUGAGUUAUUCGAUGCCGUUGUCGUGGCCUCCGGUCACUAUGCCGUUCCUUAUAUCCCCGCAAUUCCAGGCUUGAAGGAGUUUGCUGCAAAAUAUCCCGGCAGUGUUGAGCAUACCAAACACUACCGUGGCCCACAAAAGUAUCAAGGCAAGAAAGUCAUCACGGUCGGAGCCUCUGUUUCUGCAGCAGACACUGCAGUCAACCUCAUUGACAGCGCUCAAACCCCAAUCCACGCCGUAGUUCGUGGUCGAUAUAAUGUAUACUUUGGCGACGACGCUUUUCAACAUCCAAAAAUUUUGCGCCGUGCGCCGAUCUCCCAUAUCACGACUGAAAACCGAACGGUUCAUUUCGAGGAUGGCACUUCUGAAACCGGGGUGGAUCACAUUAUAUUUGGAACUGGUUUCACUUGGACUUUGCCCUUCUUACCUCAGGUCCAACCCCGGAACAACCGUGUGCCAGACCUGUAUCAGCAUGUAUUCUAUCGAAAUGACCCGACAUUGACAUUUGUUGGAGCGGUUGGUGCUGGGCUCACCUUCAAGGUCUUUGAAUGGCAAGCUGUUGCUGCUGCGCGUUUUCUCGCAGGUCGGGCCACUCUUCCUUCUGUUGAAGAGCAGGAGGCGUGGGAGGCUGAUCGAAUCGCAGUCAGAGGCGAUGGACCGGCUUUUACCGUUAUUAAUCCGGAGUUUAGAACUUAUUUUGAAGAGCUUCGGCAACUCGCAGGGGAGCCGCGAGAGGGCACACCAGGGCGGCCAUUGCCGCCAUUUGAUCAGAAAUGGGUGGAUGACUUUAAUGCAGGACAUGAACGACGCAAAGAGAUGUGGAGACGGCAAAACAACUCUGCCGCGGCAAAGUUAUAGAAAUUUGAUUCAGCGUGCAUGAAUAGAUAGCUAUCAAA